AUGAGUAAAUUAACUGAAUGGCUGAAAGUACCCGAACCGGCCCCACGUCUGCCUGCUAACAAGGUUAAAAGUGUUUAUAACUUUAACCGUUAUCGGGUGUUCCUGAGUAUCUUCAUUGGUUACAUGGGUUAUUACUUUGUUCGUAACUCAACCAGUGUGCUCUCAGGUGUACUGGAAAUGUCGGCAACAGAGAUCGGUAUCAUUACCUGUGCUGGGUUCUUGUCGUACGGUCUUUCUAAGUUCAUCUCCGGGCUUAUUUCUGACAGAAGUAACUCGAAGGUGUUUUUGGCAUUGGGUCUUUUCUUAAGCGGGUUGGUUAACCUGAUCAUUGGUGUGGUUCCAGGUAUUGUUACCUCGGUUCUGCUCUUUACGAUCAUGUACCUGCUGAAUGGCUGGAUUCAAGGGAUGGGUUAUCCGCCUGGUGCACGUACCUUGAUGUACUGGUACAGUGAUAAAGAGCGUAUUACCUGGGCGACACUUUGGAACUUGAGCCACAACUUCGGUGGUGCUAUUGCGCCGAUCUUGAUUGGUCUUUCCUUUGCAUUCGCUGGUGAUACUGCAGUGAGUCAAGUACAAGCUGGCUUUGUUGUCCCUGGUCUGGUUUGUAUGGGCAUGGCUGUACUGGUGUUCUUCAUGCAGGUGGAUAAUCCACAGGCAAUUGGUCUUCCGACCAUUGAAGAAUAUAAACCGGAUGAAGUGAUCAAAUCAAAAGGUGUUGCAGAAGCAAGUGAUCUUUCCAUCAUGGAAAUUUCCAAGAAGUAUAUCUUCUCUAACACUAAACUGAUCAACUACUCCAUCUACAGUGCGUUCGUUUAUAUCCUGCGCUACGGUAUUGUUAGCUGGGCGCCUAAGUUCCUGAGUUCCAGUGCAGAAGUUGGUGGUAAAGGUCUGGGUAAAUUGGCCUCUAUGGGCGGUUUCUCUGUAUUUGAAAUCGGUGGUAUCUUCGGCAUGCUUCUGGCCGGUUACGUAUCGAUCAAAUUCUUUAAGAACUCUAAACCACUGACCAACGUGAUGUUCCUGCUGGUAACAAUCGCGCUGCUGGGUGUUUACUGGAUCAUCCCGCCGGGAGAAGAAUACCAGAUGUAUAACUACAUCAUUCUGGUUGCACUCGGUUUGGCGAUCUAUGGCCCGGUAAUGUUCUGCGGUCUUUACUCUAUGGAACUGGUUCCUAAGAACGUAGCAGGCGCUGCUUCUGGUAUCUCUGGAACGUUCUCCUAUAUCUUCGGUUCAAUCGUUGCAACUCUGGGUAUGGGUAUCAUCGUAGAUAACUACGGCUGGGGUGUCACCUUCGUUGUACUGGUAGGUGCUGCUAUCGGCGGUAUUAUCUUUAGCUUACUGGCCCGUGAUAAAUCACUGGAAUUCAAGUAA